CCAACCAGACUCUUGGAAAUCGGGAACCAAGGCGAAAGGGUGAGAGUCAGAGCCAUGGCCAGGAGUUGCCUUGUCCAGUAUCUGACCCUCAGCCAUAACUGGGGACAAUCUGUGCACUGCAAACUUCUCUCUACCAAUCUUCAACAGUAUCAGCAGUUUAUCCCCACCAGCCAUCUCUCAAAAACUUUCAGAGAGGCAACCCUGCUAACCGCAACGCUCGGCUUUUCGUAUAUCUGGAUUGAUGCGUUGUGCAUCAUCCAGGAUUCAGCAGCGGACUGGCAAGCCGAGUCCACAAUGAUGGGGGAUAUCUAUGCUCAUGGCGUACUUAACAUUGCGGCAACAGCGUCGAGAGACGGGAACGGUGGAUUAUUCCGCUCUCCGAUAGAGAGCCCACCAUGCGUCAUCCGAUUUCAGGAUGAGGACUCCCGGCAAUUCAUCUUUUUAACCCACAACGAGGCGGACUAUUACAAACGCAUUGACGAAGCGCCGCUGGCUUCACGCGCGUGGGUUCUGCAAGAGCGUCUCUUGUCUCCCAGGACCGUCCACUUCACAAGUGAUCAGGUCUUCUGGGAGUGCUACUCCUCCCGUGACGCUGAGAUACUACCGGACACGAUAUUCCCGAAGGCAUCCAAUGACCAUCUUGACAAGACUAUCAUGGUCGAAAAACACAGCCAAGGCGUCUCAAAUUCACUGCACCGUACCUGGGCAAAGCUGGUCCGUCCAUACACGCUGUGCCAGCUAACAUUUGGAAGAGACAAGCUGCCCGCCAUCUCGGGACUUGCGUCUCGGCUUGCGUCGCAAUGGGGCCUCGAAUCGGGCAGCUAUCUUGCAGGGUUAUGGAAGGAAAGCUUGGUCAGUGAUCUUCUCUGGCACUCAUCGUCCUACAAAAGCUCGAUAUGCGCCGAGCGAGCGCCAUCCUGGUCUUGGGCG